CGUGGUGAGUCGCGGCGCGGUGCCCUGUCGCCCGCCGCCCGCUUGAACCAUGGUGAUCAUGUCAGAGUACGCCUCAGUGCCGGCUUCCAGCGCAGCCCAGCCGCGGCCCCUGCGGGUCGGCUUCUACGAUAUCGAGAGGACCUUGGGGAAAGGCAAUUUCGCCGUGGUGAAGCUGGCCCGCCACAGGGUGACCAAGACCCAGGUCGCGAUAAAAAUAAUAGACAAAACAAGGUUAGACCCCAGCAAUCUGGAGAAGAUUUAUAGAGAAGUGCAGAUAAUGAAGCUUUUGAAUCACCCCCACAUUAUCAAACUCUAUCAGGUUAUGGAGACAAAGGACAUGCUUUACAUUGUUACUGAGUUCGCUAAGAAUGGAGAAAUGUUUGAUCAUCUGACCUCCAAUGGGCACUUGAGCGAAAGCGAAGCGCGGAAGAAGUUCUGGCAGAUUCUUUCAGCAGUGGAAUACUGUCACAGCCACCACAUAGUGCACAGGGAUCUCAAAACAGAGAACCUUCUGCUAGAUGCUAACAUGAAUAUCAAAUUAGCAGACUUUGGCUUUGGAAACUUCUACAAGUCAGGAGAGCCACUCUCCACAUGGUGUGGAAGCCCACCCUAUGCAGCUCCAGAAGUUUUUGAAGGCAAGGAGUAUGAAGGACCUCACCUUGACAUAUGGAGCCUUGGAGUGGUGCUCUAUGUCCUUGUCUGUGGUUCUCUGCCUUUUGAUGGACCCAAUUUACCAACUCUGAGGCAAAGAGUGCUAGAGGGGCGGUUCCGCAUCCCAUACUUCAUGUCUGAAGACUGUGAAACACUAAUCCGACGGAUGUUAGUCGUAGACCCGACAAAGCGAAUAACCAUUUCCCAAAUAAAGCAGCACAAGUGGAUGCAAGCUGACCCAGCCCUUCGACAGCAACAGUCCUUGUCCUUCUCCAUGCAAAACUAUAACUCCAACCUGGGUGACUACAAUGAGCAGGUCCUUGGGAUCAUGCAAACGCUUGGCAUUGACAGGCAGAGAACUGUUGAGUCUUUACAGAACAGCAGCUACAACCACUUUGCUGCCAUUUAUUACCUGCUCUUGGAGCGCCUCAAGGAGUAUCGAAGCAGCCAGCUAUCGAGUCGUCCAGCAAAUGGCCGUCAGCAAAGGCCAAGGAGCUCCGAGAUCAGCAAUGCUGAGAUGCCUCAGGACGGUCUCACUAGUGAAACCCUGCGAUCAUCUCUGCUUUACCAGCAACCUCAGAGUCUGAUUCAACCAUCUUUGCAGGCAGAAAUGGACUGUGAUGUGAACAAUCCAUUACAGCCUGUGUUUUUUCCUGUGGAUCCCAACUUCAACGGGCUGUUUCGAAAUCGCUCCAUCUCCCCCAGCAGCCUUUUGGAGACCACCAUUAGUGAAGAAGUGAGGCAAGAGAAGGAGCUGGAAGAUGAAAUUAAGGCGUACGACCACCCCAUCCGCAUCCCUAGCAACACCAGCCGGAGGCACACGCUAGCUGAAGUCACUCACUUCUAUCAGCAUGCCCCUCCAUGUAUAGUCAUUUCCUCCUCAGCAAGCCCCACAGAGGGAACUAGUUCAGACAGCUGCCUUACUUCAUCUUCAAAUGACAGCUCAGUGGCCCUGAGCAACUGUUUGGCAGGUCAAGUAAUGACGGGGAGCCCAGCCACAGCUAGGAUGACAUCACCCUUCCUAGCUUCUCAGUCUGACGCUCCGGUGUUACAAGCCCAGGGCUGCAUGGGAGGUGCUUCUCUCCUGCCUGUCAGCUUCCAAGAAGGAAGACGAGCAUCUGAUACCUCAUUAACUCAAGGCUUGAAGGCUUUUAGGCAGCAGCUGCGGAAGAACGCUCGAGCCAAAGGGUUUCUCGGCUUGAAUAAAAUCAAAGGCUUUGCUCGGCAGGUGUGUCAGUCCUCCUCAUCUCGGGCAGCAAGGAGUGCCAUGAGCCCUUUCCAACACGCACAGCAGAACACCUGCAUCUACAGCAGCAGUGGGAGCAACAGAGAGGGAAGAAACCUUCUGGAGGAAGUGCUACAACAGCAGAGAAUACUCCAGCUUCAGCAUCACCAGCUACUCCAGCCAGCUUGUCCCCAGACUUCUCAAGCAUCUGCGACAAAUGGCCUCCCCCCCUCUGAUAACGCAGGUACCUGCAAAGCCUCCAAUUCUCUUCUGUUGUCAGAGCUACAAAGAGAGAACUCAUUUGAGCUGGCCUUUGCUGGCAACAGCCAACUGCUCCAACCUCAUUUCUUUGGUGUCAGCGUGUCACCGGUGUCCUCAGCAGCUCACCUCCUAGACACUCACCUGUAUAUCAGCAGCAACGUCUCUCCGGUCGGCACCACCUUCUCUCAGCAACAGAGUUUCUCUGCUCAGUCUCCGAGCUACGAUGCUGUCGCUUUGCAGCACGGGGAUUGUGAGAUGGAGGACUUGACUUCCAACCAGCUAGGGAAGUUUGUCCUGGUCAAAUGAGAGCUCUGGCUGCUACAGCUCACGCUGCUCUUUUGACAAAGAACUUGCACCACUGUUCCAUGGCAUGCAUAGGUCCGUGGCUGGCUGGUGUUGUGUGGAUGAGUGACUCUCAGAAGCAAUAAAUUUUGAAGUAUGUGAAGAAGCUGUCUGGCUCCGAAAGCUAGCAACUUUAUAGAACUGAAACAAGCAAUAUGUAUGUCUUUUUGCUUCUACUAUUCUUGCACUGAACAAAUAUGAAUAGAAACUUUUUUUUUUUUUUUUUUUAAAAGGAAAAAUAAUGAUGGGGGAAGAUGGGUGGGGCAUUUGUGGGGACAGGGAGGGAUGUGGUUGGGGAAGAAGUCUUCGGUACUGUACUCAAGUCAGACCAAUACAGCUCUGCUGUUAUGCAAGAUUAGCAGCUGUCGGUAGUGGUGACACAGCAGGGAGAGGCUUUUCAAAGAAGGGACCAGAGCCUCCCUCUUUCACAAUAUUCAUUUAUGGGUUUGUGAAGAUGAUUACCUCUUUUAAAGAAAAUAAACAGAAAACCAGUGGCAUGCAACAUUAUGCAUUCAUAGAAGACAAAAAUGGAAGCAUUGCCAUUUGUGGGGUUGUUUUUUUUUUUCCUCCUGUUAACACUCAUUUUGUUUUAAAGGAACCAACAUCCCCAUUCCGCAUCUCCCAGAUAUGUAUACUUUAAAUGAAAACUGUGAACUUUCUGCUUGAUAUGUCAGCUAGAAAACCUUUUUUUUUUUUUUUUUUUUUUAAGAAAAAGAAAAGCCAACAACCAAACAGCAUUCUAAUUAGCACAGAAGCAAGUAAUCUCUUGAAAAUGCAUCCUUUGAUAUCAGGAUGUAAAUUGCAGACUGUCUGGUGUUCUGCAGGGCUGGGGUGUGUGUGUGUGUGUGUGUGUGUGUGUGUGUAAGCACAUGCACACAUGCAUGUAUUCUGUUGGUCUAAAUAAUCUUUUGGUCUCUUUUGAUAAAUGCUGAGUUUUUUUGUAUUCCUGCAGAGGCACCGAGGAGGGAGCUCUUAUUACCGGUGGGGUGAUGGGAAGCAUUUUCCUUUUAAAAAGCCCUCCUGGAGAUUGCCUACAGAGUUGUCUGAAGGGUAUUUCUUAGCGCUGCACAUUGUUAUUUCCGCUGCUAAUUAUGUUUUUAUGCAUUUCAUUAUCAGGGUCCAAAUAGAACUGACUCUUGGGGAAAUGUGCAAUAUUGAGGUUAUAAUUAUAUACUGACAAAGACAAAAGGAAUAGGCUAGAACAGAAUUCUGCUUUAACGGAGUACAGCUAUUUCUGAACAAAACUGUAUUAAAAGCAAGUAAAACAGCACAAUCUUUGGGUGUUUGUUUUUGGCUGGUUUGUUUUUAGCAUAUUAGCAAAAUGAGGUUUUGGAUUAGGUAGGUUUUUUUUUUUUUUGUAUGGUUUUUAAUGCUGUAUAUGUAUAUAAAUAGGAAGCAGAAAACUAUGUAACACUAGUUAUUUUUUAUAUUUUGUAAUAAGCUUCUAUUGUGUUUCUGGUAUAACCCCAGCUCCCUCCCAAGGCAGAGCAUGACUUCUGUUGCUGUCAAUAGAAGAUGUGCUUAGGUGUAGAGGGGAGCCCAAGCCAUGCCCUUACAGCAGUGAGUAGGGCAGGGUGUUCCAGCUUUAGAAGCAGGUGAGCAAACAGUGAGCCAGUUCAGCUGGAAGUUGCAUUCAGGAAAUAGCUGCAUUUUGUCUAAAUGCUUCAAGGACCCAUCUCCCUCGUGUGACACAGGGUGCCUUCAAGUUACCUUGGCUUCGUGCAACCUGCAGUAUUACGCAUUUACAAAUAAUAUAGAUACCUGUUUUUUGUUUUUUUUUUUUGCUUGUUUGUUUGUUUUUUAAUUAAAAAAAAGCCAAAGAUUGACCAGAUUAAUUAAUGGGAGUAGGAAUGGCUGAAGAUGUCACGUGGCUCUGUCUGUGGCUCUCCAUAAACAACCUCUUUAUCUGUGUGUAGUAUCAGUGUGUCUAUACUGGUGCAUCUCCAGUUUGCUGCUGCAGCUACGUGGUCUGGAAGCUUCAACACGAGAGAAAAUUGCUUGAGUAGAAUAUCUGAAUGAGCGGUGCCUUGCAGCAGAGAAAACACCAAAGUCUCACUUUAAAUUAUAGUGAUUUAAAAACAAAAAAAGCAAACAAUAACAAAAAAAAAACCCAACCAAAUGAACAUGGAGAUGGCUGGAGAGGUGGGUGAGAAGAAGCCAGAACGUCACAAAGCAGCAACUUUGCCUUCAGUUUUGUAAGGGGUAGCGCACAGACUGAAAACACAGAUUUUUUUCCUCUUUGAUAUUUGUUCUGUUUAAAUGCCAUGGAUCAAAAGGCCACAGAUUCUUUUGUUUCCUGUCCUAAGCAAUGACAAGCACUUUACUUUCAUAGUAUUUUUUUUUUUUUUUCCAAUUGCUGUAGAACCUCUUUGGAUUUCUUGCUGGAGCAGAAAGAGGUCAUUUUAAAAAGUUUGGGUUUUGGUGGUUUUUUUGUUUGUUUUGUAGAUAUCUUGACAGUGCUGUUCUGCAGACUGCAAUGCAAUAGGGUAUUUAAAGACACUACAUGAUUGGUUUAAUUAAGAUGUAUAGUUUAUUUUUUAUCAUGACUGAACAAUCAUUUUAUUUCUUAUGUUAAAAUGAGAGAUGUACACCAAAAUGAUUAGUCUGUGUUUUAUUUAAUAUUUAAAUAAAAAAUGUUUUAAAAUCGC